UGAAAGUAGAAGACUGACUGGUAUGGUGGUGAAGGCCAAGUGUAAAACAGUUAAAACUUUUUGAAUUUUAGCGAUUUUUUCCAUUACUGAAUACCUUAAAAACAGCUCUGGAGAUUUAAAAGCAAUGCUUUUGGCACGAAGACUUCCAAUGCAAUAUGUUGGCACUGCAUCGUCUUGUGAAGGAAAAACUAAACAAAUUUGCAGGUCAAUUUUUAUGGCUAGAAAUGUUUCAAAUUUUAUCCAGAAACCAUUAAUACACUUAAAUGCUUUAAAACCUAAAUGCAUGGGAUGGAGAAUUGAACAUGGUCAAUCAUUCUCUAAAAAUAUGAUUCAUUUCAAAGAAGGGUCUCCAGGUAAAAAAAGAAAAACUAUUGAACAGGAACUAACUGCUUUAAUGGACAAAUGGGAGAUGAAAAAAGCUGUUAAUUUAUUCCGUGAGAGUGUUGAGAAUGGUGUUUUCCCUGAUUUGAGUAUAGUUUUAAAUUUGUUACAACAACUUGGUAACCUUGGUGAUUAUGAAUGUUUGUUGUCACUCAGAGAAUUACUUAUGGACAACAAGUUGUGUUCCAUAGACACUUUUUUCGGUUGUUUACAGGAAGCAUAUUACUAUAGCGGUAGAUUGGAUGAGGCAGUUCUAUUGCUGCGAAUUCUUUAUCAUGAUUUGAGAAAUUACGAUGAUGUUGAUAUUUUUUUUACCUUGAUUGGUGUUAUGCUUCUACAACACUUCCCACACCGAUUUGAACUUAUUGAAAGUUUUGCCAAAGACUGUCGUGAAAAAGAAUGGCCAGACCUUUUGCCAACAGCAGGCUUGUGGAAGUGUUUUGUUCUAACUGAAAAUUUUGAAAAGGCUGAACAAUUAUUGACUACACACAGUGGAAUUAAACAGAAUAUAGCACAAAUGGCGAAUCAUAUAGUGGAAAAGAAGAACAAAGUUGAGGUUGACAGACUUAGUGUGCUCAACUAUUUGAAAGAGUCUUCCAUAAUUACAAAAGAAAAUCUCAGAAUCUCAAUCUAUCUCCAUUUGCUAAGAGAUUUAGUUCAUGAGAGGAAGUGGAGUGCAGUUCUUGAUUGCCUUAAAGAAGCAAAGGAAAGGCAGAUGGUUUUACCUGUGGAUGAGGUGAAAAUGAUAAGAGCUAAAGCAGAACAAGUCUUAUUUAAUGAUGAUUUUGAUAAUUUUACCCUUAUGCAGUGCAUAGACAAACUAAAAAAGUACAAUUAUUCUAUAAAAUCAGGCAAAAAAAAACCUGAUAAAUACUGAAUAUGAAGGUAUCAGUCAUUGUCAGUAUCCAGAUGGACUGACAAGUGAGUGCUUAGAAAAAAGUGACAUAUUUUUCUACAUUCACAACUUUGUCUAUUGUUAAGUGAUUUAAAGCUAUAUAAUUUAUUCAGCAUAAAUGAAAAUAAUCUAGUUACUUCUGUCCAGCAAUGUCUUUCUUAGUGUAUUCUUAAAGUAGAAGAUGCUUUUUGUAAUAUUCCCGACUUUUUCUGUUCACUUUAUUUUUUCUACUUGUGGAAAUCAUGAAAAUAAAUGGCUUGUGAAUUCGAACAUUAAUAUGCAUGUCAGUAUGACAUUGUUUUCAUUUUUAUAAUUCCAACUUAACACAAAGUUUAGAAUAACUAUUCAGGUAUACAAUAUGAAAUCAAAAUAGCACUUUAUGAAUUUGAUGGUUCAUAAGGGUUUUUCUGGAUACGUAGUAAUAUAAUACUAUAAGAC